CAAAGUGGUCGCCCCAAUAUAGGACAAGCGGAUCCUGGCGUCGUUUCAGUAACGUCCCGACGCUCCAGACAGACGCUCCCAAAUCGCAUCACAAAUCCCAAAUGGCGCCCCGCAACAAGGAAUUGGAAACCGAAGUCCUCACCUGGAUCUUCCAGUGCUUGGGAGAACCGGUGCCGAAAGGCGAAUUCGAGGACAUCCUGAAGGACGGCAUCGUCCUCUGCAAUCUGAUGAACAAACUGACGCCCGGCUCGGUCAAGAAGAUCCAGAGCAAAGGCACCAACUUCCAGCUGAUGGAGAACAUCCAGAGGUUCCAAGCCGCCGCCAAGAAGUACGGCCUCCCCGAAGAGGAGAUCUUCCAAACAGCGGAUCUCUUCGAAAAACGCAACGUCGCUCAAGUCUGCCUGUCGCUGUUCGCCUUGGGCCGCUGCACCCAGAAGCAUCCCGAAUGGACCGGUCCUCAGUUGGGCCCGAAGAUGGCCGAGAAGAACGAGAGGACCUUCACCGAGGAGCAGUUGAGGGCUCACGAAGGAGAACUCAAUCUGCAGAUGGGUUACAACAAGGGCGCUUCUCAAGCAGGAGCAGGCAGCUUCGGCAACACCCGCCACAUGUAAAAAA